UGAAAGAACACAACACUCUCCCUGUCUCUCUCUCUCUAGCACGCACUCUCGAAAAAGAAAAGAAACGAAACAGAGCUACUCUCUAUCCAUCUCGCUAACAUGACUCGGCCUUUCAGGCUCCUAAACGCUGACAUGAACUCUUCGGCGACUACCACUGGGUCGCCCCCACAACCACCAGCCACGGUGGACCCAGACUUCAUGGUCAUACUAGCAGCACUUCUCUGCGCUCUAAUUUGUGUUCUUGGCCUAAUCGCUGUAGCUCGCUGCGCUUGGCUCCGCCGCUUAUCAUCCCAUACUCCAGCGCCACCAGCUACUCUCCCUCCUCCUCCCGUCGCCAACAAGGGGUUGAAAAGGAAAACCCUCCGCUCCCUCCCCAAACAAACCUUCUCUGAAGAUUCCGCCGGAAAAUUCUCCGACUGUGCAAUCUGUUUAACGGAAUUCUCAGUUGGAGAUGAAAUCCGUGUGUUGCCUCAGUGUGGACAUGGGUUUCACGUGGCUUGUAUUGACACGUGGUUGGGGUCUCACUCUUCGUGCCCUUCUUGCCGUCAGAUUUUGAUGGUUGCCAGGUGUCAGAAGUGCGGGGGUUUGCCUUCAGGUUCGAGUUCUAUUAGUGGCGGUGGCGGGGCUGAAACUGAGGCUGGACUGAAGGAGUGUGAAGAUGAUGCAAAUAGGUUCUUGCCGUAGCUUAGUUAGCUUAUUUAAUAUAUAUAUAUAAUUAUAGCUAGCAAUUUAAUCUUGUUACUAAUUAAAUAUGAUAUUAAUCAAUUCAGGAUUGUAAGCUAAUGUUAUUUAUAUUAGGAUAGUGGCUGUUUGGUAAUUAAUUGAAUAUGAUAUAAUUCCAACUUGUUAUA